GCUUGGUGCCUGUCUCGAGGGUAACGCGGGGUCUCCCGAGUUGUAGAAAGAAUGCGUAUGUUGCUCGUCAAAAGCGAUGUUUUCGUGCAGCUCGUAUCACUCGCAGUCGUACCUUCCUGCCACUUGGAUACCGGCAUGGCACUACGACAGGAUCAUACCCUAGCACACCUCCGACACUGACAUUGGACGUUGCCUGCAUCGGUGUACACCUUACUCGAGUGCCCCAUCCACGAUGAUGUCGGCUGCUACUCGGCGAACGGCCGUCGCCCUCCUAGUUGCGGCGGUGAUGCUGCGUUGUUGUGUUGCCGUGACGGAUUUCGGCCGCACUUGUGAACCUAUACGCAUCGAAAUGUGCAAGGACAUUGGAUACAACGUGACGGGGAUGCCCAAUUUGGUGGGCCACGAACUUCAACAGGACGCUCAGUUGCAGUUGCAGACUUUUAAACCUCUCAUCCAAUACGGGUGUGCAUCCCAACUUAAAUUCUUCCUGUGCUCUGUGUACGUUCCCAUGUGCACGGAGAAAGUUCCACAGCCCAUCGGCCCUUGCAGGCCGCUCUGUGAAAGCGUGCGGUCGCGCUGUCAGCCCGUGCUACAAGAGUUCGGAUUCCCCUGGCCUGCAGCCCUCAACUGCUCCAAGUUCCCACCUCAGAAUGAUCACCGACACAUGUGCAUGGACGGGCCGAAGCCGGACGAGAGUGACCGCCAGCGGCCUGGAGUGCGACCAAAGCCUCCGAAGCUGAACCGCAAGCUUCCACAGGUCCCAGAGGAACGUCCUCGCGGCCUGUGCGACUCGUAUCGCUACGGUGACCGUUUCUACUUCUACAUCAACAGGACGCAGCGAUGCGCUCACUUGUGCGAUAAAGACGUGCUCUUCACGCAAGACAAUAAGCGCUUCACCGAGAUUUGGAUGAGCAUCUGGGCAUGCUUCUGCUUUGCGUCCACACUGUUCACGCUGGCCACAUUCUGCAUGGACUCCCGCCGGUUCCAGUACCCUGAGCGCGCCAUAAUUUACAUGAGCAGCUGCUACAACAUAUACAGCAUUGCCUACCUAGUACGGAUGGUUCUGGGACGCUCGAGUGUCUCCUGUCACGUGGACAGCCAGCACGAGGUGCCUCUCCUCGUCCAAGAAGGCGUGGAUAACAUCAACUGCACGAUAGUGUUCAUGCUGUUGUACUACUUCGGCAUGGCGAGUGCAACUUGGUGGGUCGUCCUCACGGCAACUUGGUUCCUCUCUGUAGGCCGGAGAUGGAGCCACGAAGUGAUGCAGCGACGAGCCACGGCGUUCCACUUGUUCGCCUGGGUACUGCCCGCAGUUCAGACGAUUGCCAUCUUGGUCAUGAGGGUUGUCGACGCCGACGAACUCACGGGCACCUGUUUCGUGGGCACCCAGAACACGGACACGCUGCUGGGAUUCGUGAUCGUGCCUUCGAGUGUUUACUUGGUCCUGGGCUCCUUCUUCCUCAUCUGGGGACUGGUCGCCAUGCUCAAGUCGCGCAAGGCAGUCACAGCUCAGCAUUUGCCCCUGACACCAGCCCCGGUCAGCGUCAUCCCCAAAACGGAUAAAGUGGAACUGUUCAUGUUUCGCAUGGGAAUCUUCGCCGUCCUCUACAUGGUGCCAGCUGCUUGCGUUCUGGCCUCGAACAUCUACGAGUUCUCCUUCAGAGAGUCGUGGCUGGCGGCCGGUUCGGCGUUCAGACCUAACGUAGAGGUCUUCACCUUGAAGAUAUUCAUGUCACUUGUGGUGGGAAUAACGUCGGGACUUUGGACGUGGUCGGGUAAAGCACCCCUCAACGCGUGCAGGCGGCCGCAGCCUGCUCCCUACAUGGACUAUAAGCCUGCCGUCUUUACGGCGCAUCAUUAUCACCAUCAUCACCAUCAGCAAGUUCCUAUGAUCCCAAAGUACAUGGCUGGGUCCAAGGAGAAAGGGAAGUGCCGCUCAAAAUCUGGUUCUGAGACCAUUGUGUGAAAGGAAACAUAGUCCUGGGCAACGAACAGUUACGCUGCUAAGCAGCGUUUGUCUGCCAUGUGUCCGCGAAGACAACGGCGAUGUUGAGCGAAGCUGCUACAACAAGUCAAGAAAGCGCAGUGGACCUCGCGGACUGUUCCGCUUUUGGUGCAUGAAGUCGUUCGUUCCCGUAAAUCACAGCUUCGAGAAGAGAGUCAUCAGGAUAGUACUUCUGCGCCGGACGCAAAGCCAGUCAUCGUCCAGACGUGCUUCGUCUCAGUGAGUGCCCGCGCAACGCUGCAAGCCUGCUGACCACUGACUGUUCCUCAUCAAGUACAGUUCAUCCUAUCAUACUCCAUCAGACACUAUCAAAGUCGCAGGCUUAGGCCGUCGAUCACUAAGGACAGAGCAAUUUCCUUCAGCGUUUGCUAUAUGAACAACUGAUAUAUAGCGUUGUAAAUAAGUUUUGUAAAUAUUGUACAGAGUGUAGUAUAAGUGUAUUUAAUUAUUUUAUUGAACAUAAAGAAAUGUUUGAUACAGAA